ACAGAAGACAGCGUAAUGUCAAAGGUCACUGCACUCAGAACCAGGAAGUGGAGAGAAGACAACUUGGGCGCCAGCUGUUUAGUUUGUAAGAAACUUCAGGUGUUCUUCAAGAUGUCUCAAGAAGAGAAACUCACCAAGGAGGAGAAGCUCCGCCUGAUAGACCAGGAGAUCAACAACCUGCACGACUUCUGCGUGAAGUCGGGGUUCAGUCCGGAGCAGAUCCGGAGUCUGUCGGCGCCUGUCGUGAGGCGGUCGGCCCGCGGUUGGCUGAAGACGUGGUUCUGGAGGUUGCUGAAGUUGUCCCUGCUGGUGACGGCGGCUGUCGUGUGUUAUAACUGGGACCCCGCCUACCGUAAAGCGGCCAUAUACGGCAAACUCGCUCUCAUGAAGGUGCUGCCUUACUGGGACUGGACGUACCUGUACAACGAGGAAUGUCUGAUAAACAAUCCGUACUACGUCCAGCCUCCUCACCUGACACAAGAGGACUGCGAGGUGUGUUUAGAGAUCAGUGGUGUGAAGAGGAUGAAGAACGUUGACCACGCCGACAUUUCAGACCUCCUGCUGGACAACGAACCGUUUGUGGUGACCGAUGCCCAGCUGGACUGGACUGAGCUCAACCAGAUCACCUUCCACGACUUUCUCAAGCUGUUCUCCACUCAGGAGGCUUUUAAGACAUCAGGAGUUUGCGACUUCCACUCGGAAGACAAGACCAUGACGCCCAGACAUCCAUCUGUCCUGCCGACUGCUACACAGGGCAAAGCAGACUGGUACGCUCUAUGGAAGAACUGUGAGAGAGAAGGUGUGCGGCUGAUGAGGAAGUUUUACGGCACACGUCCGUACUUCCUGCCUCCCAUGGUCGAGUCACACGAGUCCAACUGGGUCUUCGUAUCGGAGGGACAAAUCAUCAAGCACUUUGUGCCGCUGCCGUUUGAGGAGCACUCGGUGGUGUGGCUGGCGCAGGUGAAGGGCAGCGUCUUGUACCGGCUGGAACCGGAUUCCAUCUGCGAAGCCACCUGCAAACACAUCGACGUCACGCUCAAACCCGGAGACACACUGGUGGUACCCCAGAACCUGUGGGCAGUCCAGCUGAAGAACGUCAAGGAUUCCGAACCCACCGUAGUCAUCGCGGCAACGGGCGUCUGGGACUAGAUUGUCUGUUCUUCGUCAAACACUGAAAAUCUGGAAGGACGUUUUCCAAAUUUCAAGGUCAUGAUCACCAUAUUGGAUAUAACGUUACAGUCACUGUGAUGUUUCGUUGCACGUCAGUCAAAAUAUCAUGUCGUUUUCCUGUAAACUAAAGGUUACAAUUCAAAGCUAAGAGGUAGAGAGGUUAAAAGUUAUACUUUUGCCAUAAUUGUGUGUGGUAACUACAGUCAGGUUUGAAAGUGUGUGACUUUGAAAACCUGUCGGACAUUUCCAUAUUUGUAUAAGUCCUUCCAGAUUUUCGGUGACUGGAGUUUUCUCCAUUUGAACUUUACAUCAUUCUGCUGCUGAAGGAGCUACAAACAGGAGCUGCUAAUAUAUACAACUUCGACCUUCAUCCCUCCUGUGACCUUGAACCAUGGAUGUUGAAAGAAUUUUACAGAGCCUGAUAACAUUACGAAUCAUGUGUACUAUGUUGGAGCCUACACCAAUCUAUUUCCUUGGUUCUCUGUCAUUUUGAAACAGAAACAAAAGACGUCAAGAUGAAAACAGAUGGCUGGGUGGAAAACUUACUAGUAGUUUUGAACCAUAACACUACAUUCCCUUUGCCUGAGUGUCAGCCUUUUUAGCUUUCGUCCGCUCCCCAAGAUCCGCUACUGGCCACUCAGGCUAACAUUCCCUUACCAGAAACUGUGUGUACUACAUGUAACAUAACGAAUCCCUUAAAAUGUAAGAAUCAACAUAUGAAAUUCGUGUGGACUUUUAAAAGAAGCAUAAUAUUAUCAUCUGUGUUUACUAGUUUCAUGUUCAAGAUUAAAACUUUUGAUCCGACCUCUCACCUGGAGCUUUCGACCAGUCACUCUGGUCUUCCUCAGUAGACUGACCCAGUGAAGCUUGUCACGUGGCUUCUUCAAAGUGUGACGUCAACACUGGGUCAAAGGUAUCUGGUAGACGAUGCCGGCAUAUAACACAAGGUUGAUUAUUGUUCAUUCAUGGGUCACAUGAUGGUUGAAGGUCGAUGACUAUUAUAGUUUGGGAUUUGAUGCAGUAAGGGGUAGAAGUUAGAGGCAUCCAGUGCAGUUUUUAGGGCUUGGAAACCAGAUUUUUCAAAGUCAAUAUUCUAGUCAGCUUAUCUACAUGCUAAAUUGAAACAACACUGCCAAUGUAUAUGAACAUUCAUGGAGCAAAAAUGCUUAAAAAAAUCUGACGAAAAGCAGUUACUAGAAGGCCCUGGGUUGAUUUUUAGGGUACCACUUCAGAAAUAAAAGACUUUAUCUUGGGGCUUGUUUCUGCAGUUUGAAAGCCUUAAAAGUAUGAAA